GCAAGGAUCCCGAGGAAGUGGAAGAACCAAGGAGGACUGACAGUAGAGUCCUUGGAGUGUGGACUGAAGAGGAGGAUGAGAGCGAGGAGCUGACAAAUGAGGAAGACUCAUUCACAGGAACCAGAGGAGAGAUCGAGGAGGAUCCAGAAAAGCUUCUGGAGGAACAAGAGGACUCAUCGGAUGAAGAGGAAGCAGAUCAUAUAUCAUACAAAGACAUGGAUUGUAAUGAUGAAGAUGAGGGGAAGGUUUACUGCAAAGGCGAUUAUCCCACCGAUUUAUUUCUCACUUUGACAGAGUUCAGGGACUCGUCCCUUCUCACCGACCUACGUUUGAGCACAGAGGCUGGGAAGAGUUUCCAGGUACACUCCCCUGUCCUGGCUGCCGUCAGCUCCCUUGUCCGGGAAAGCCUGAGCAGAAGAAAUACAGAAAACAAUAAAAGAGAAGAUGAUACAAGGUGGUCAAUGUUCCUGGGUCCAGAAGUGGAUGCUGUUGGAUUAGAGGCAGUUGUUGAGUUUGCCUAUUCUGGAUUUAUGUCCCGUCUGGACAAGGACACGGUGAAUCAGAUAAAGGACGCAGCUCAAACACUCUGCGUUCCCCGAGUGAUGGAUCUCUGCAACGAGGCAGAGUCACCGAAAACUGGAGGACGUAAGAAAGAAGAAAAGAUCUCUGCUGCGGAGGAAAGGAAGAUCAGUCUUCAGUCCAUCAAGCAGCUGUGGAUGGACAGGGUGGGCUGUGAUGUCACGUUGGAAGGGAUUGGAGAAUCGCUUCCGGUCCACAGAGUCAUCCUGGCUGCAGGAAGCGACUACUUCCAUGGCAUGUUCACCUCGGGGAUGAGGGAGUCCCAUCAGCCUCGGGUGGCGCUCCCCUCCCUGUUGGCGUCUGAGCUGCAGCUUCUGGUCGGCUGCUCCUACAGCGGCGCUCUGCCCCUCAGCUGGAGCUUUGUCUUUGAGAUUACCAGCACCAGCCUCCAGCUCCAAUAUCAGCCGGCCCUCUCCUUGUGUCUGGACUUCCUGCAGGGACAAAUCAAUCCCCUCUCCUGCCUGGAUGUGGCAUCUUUUGCUGCGGCUUACGAGAUGGUGCAGCUGCUCGAAACUGCGGACGACUUUGUCCUGCGACAAUUCCAAAAGGUAGCGUGCACCUUAAAGUUCAAGGAUCUCCCGGCCAAACAACUCCUCAAGUACCUGAGCAGUCACUCACUCUGCGUUCCAUCUGAGCUCGUUGUAUUCAAAGCAGUGGUAGCAUGGAUUCAAGCUAAGCCAAAGAAAAGGCUCAAACUUGCUAAGGUGCUAAUGAAAACUAUCCAUUUCCCCCUGAUGACAUUCAAGGAAUUCAAGGAGGUCCAGUCUUUGGAUAUUUGGACCCAUCACAGCCUGGUCGAGCUCUACGAAACAAUCUUUGAGGAGUUCUGCUCGUAUGAGAUUACACCAGACAGUCAGUGCCGGAUCUAUCUGCCAAAAGAGAGUCUGGUCUUGAUUGGGGGUGAACAGACCUCUGAAGACCUAUCUACCCGCAGCAUCAGCAGAGAACUCUGGUUUGGAAAUUCCCUGAGGAGCCAUACAGGGAUAAAAAAGGACAUGGAGUGGAGACGGCUGGGAGAAUUACCAGAGUCGGCGAGCUUCAGUCACGAGGUGGCGGCGCUCACGGGACAACUAUACGUGUUCGGGGGCAAAAAGUAUUACGGCACCGCUGACACCCUGAACUCUGUGUACAGGUAUGACCCCCAUCAGGACAGCUGGGAGAGACUGGCUGACAUGCAGCAGAAGAGAUGCCUCUUCUCUGUGGUUGUGCUGGAGGGGAAGAUGUUCUCCAUCGGCGGACACUGUGAUCCGGAAUAUGUAGAAAGUGUGGAACGAUACUGCCCCACUUCAAACUCUUGGAGCUUCACUUGGCCCUUGGAUCUACCUCUGAGCGGUCAUGUGGCAAAAGUUGUACAAGGGCAGAUCCUGGUCUCAGGAGGGAUGAACAGCGACUACAGGUGUCUCUCCUCCAUGUUUCGGUACCACCCAGAGACAGGAAGCACCUAUCUGGCGAACAUGAAUAAACCUCGGGCUAAACACUGCAUGGAGACGCUGGGCGACCGCCUCUACGUCGCAGGAGGAACCACCGCAGGUGCGCCUGUGAACGUUGUGGACAUGCUCGACUGUGAAGUGUACAACCCCGAGACUGACACCUGGACCGCCAUCACAUCUCUGCCGGUGCCGCAUGUCGGAGCAGGAAGUGCGGUUUUGGAGGGAAAGUUCUACGUGCUGGGUGGAUACAGCCACGAGGAAUACAGCGACACAAAUAUGGUCCAUCGUUAUGACCCCACAACGCAGAAGUGGGAAAACAUGGGCAAGAUGCCUGGGCCCAACAAUGACAUACGAGCGUCUCUGCUGGUUUUGCCACCAGAUUUACGUUUGUAAGACAUGUUGGUAAAUAGUGUGUCGCUUGUUUGAGAUCUUCUGCUCGCCUGGUUAGGAAUCAAUCGGUCGAGGCUAAAGACCCCAAACCUCUGGAAUAGUUUACCUGAGGAAUCAGACUUGAAGCUGUCACUCUCAGAUCAUCCACUGCAGAUGAGGGUAUUUCCAAUAUAGUGUAUUUUACAGUGUAAAUUAUAUGAAUCUUUAGGCUUGUCAAAAGUAGGACAUCAAUGAACUGUGGUUUACUUAUGGUGAGGUGAAUUCAAUGUAUUUAAAAGGUGUUGAAAUCCAGGACAAAAAGUAUUCAAUAACUAUGGAUUCAAAAAUACAGUGUGAACACAAGAGGGCGCUGUCCCACUUGUGAUAGUUCAGUUUUCAGUGCAAUCAGGCAGAAUCAGAAGAGGAAAGAAAACGGACAAUGUAGUGAGUUUAUUUAUUUUGCAGUAUUUAUGCUGAA